GAGUUUACGAGGCGGCCGUGAACGCAACAUAAGGAUCAACCUGGAGGAGCGUAAAAGCGGCCGAACACAAACCGCGAACGCAACAACUUCACACAAAUAUGGGACUUUUAUGUUUUUACUACACAACACGGAGGCGUAUUUUAUGAUCGUGUAGAUGUCGGUUAGCAACUUUUAGUCGGGAAUUUUUAGUCGACGUGUUGUUGGCGCCUCAGUUGACAGAGUUCUGCUUUCAGUCGGAUGGAAUCCAAUGUCCGCAGUAAACUGCGCUGAAGAGCUGGACUUCAGACUAAUCUUUGAGGAGGACGGCAGACAGACAGCAGGUCCAGAUCUCAAUGUGAGGACACCUCCCUCCUCCGCUCAGGCUCUGGCCGAGCAGCCCAUCAGCCAUGAGCUGCAGGGUCACCCGCCAUAUUUCUCCACCAUAGACAGCUACCAGCAUGUCGGCUGCCACUCCCAGGGUCCCCAGUACGCCACCCUGGGGAACCCCAGAGCCUUCGACUGCCCGAGCAUCCAGAUCACCUCCAUAGCUCCCAACAACCAUGUGGAGCCCGGUGCCGGUCAGGAAGCUUUGGCAGUGGGUGGCGCAGAGGGGGGCUACCCCGAGGUGUCCUGGUCUAGAGACCAGCUGUACCUGCCCCUGGACCCCUGCUACCGGGACCCGGCGCUCUGCCCGAGCCCCUGCAGCAGCAUGUCGUCCAGGAGCUGGAUGUCCGACCUCUCCUCCUGCGAGUCCUUCUCCCACGUUUACGAUGAUGUGGAGGAGUUGUGCGACGACGCCCGCCUUGCCCUGGGCUCCCCCCUUGGGUCUCCUCUGGGGUCCCCGGGCUGUGGGGGCGGGGCCUUCGGGGUGGAGUUAUGGCAACAGAAGUACCAGCAUCCUCUAGCCUUCAGCCCGGCGCUGUCGCCUCAUCAGUCGCCCCGUCAGUCGCCUCGUCAGUCGCCCCGUCAGUCGCCCCGUCAGUCGCCCUGCCACUCCCCUCGCACCAGUGUCACAGAGGAGAGCUGGCUGAACCGCCGCCCCACCUCCAGGCCAUCGUCUAGGCCGACCUCCCCCUGCGGAAAGAGACGCCAUUCCAGUGCCGACCCCCACGCCCGCUCGCCCUCCCCUCACCACUCACCAAGCCCCACGCCGAGCGCCUCCCCGCGGGGCAGCGUCACAGAUGACACCUGGGUAGGAAGCCCUGCCGCUGGUGCCAUUGGGACCCUCCUGAUGGCCGGAUACCAGGAGCUGGACGUACCCUCCAAGACCAGGAGGACGUCAGGGAGCCAGCUGGGCCUCCUCCCUGGGCAGGGAGACCCCGGGCUGGACGCCUUCCAGGAUUCUCCCGGGGAGGACGGACGCGAACAGGGCGGCCUGGCUGAGCUCUUUCUUCAGGUGCCCUCCCACUUCAGCUGGAACAAACCCAAACCUGGAAACCCUCCUCUGUUCAGGACCUCGUCUCCUCCUCCCUUGGACUGGCUUCUGCCCAGCCAGUUUGACCAGUGUGAGCUGAAGCUGGAGGUCCAGCCCAAGUCCUACCACAGGGCCCAUUAUGAGACGGAGGGCAGCAGAGGGUCCAUUAAAGCAGCAACAGGAGGACACCCUGUUGUGAAGUUGAGUGGAUACAGCGAGCAGCCGAUCAGCCUGCUGCUGUUCAUCGGCACCGCAGACGACCGCUACCUUCGCCCUCAUUCCUUCUACCAAGUCCACCGGGUGACGGGGAAGACGGUCACCACCACCUGCCAGGAGAAGAUUAUGGGUGGCACCAAAGUCCUGGAGAUCCCUCUGCUGCCAGAAAACAACAUGUCCGCCAGCAUUGACUGUGCCGGCAUCCUGAAGCUGCGCAACGCCGACAUCGAGCUGAAGAAAGGGGAGACGGACAUUGGACGGAAAAACACAAGGGUGCGAGUUGUGUUCAGGGUCGCCAUCCCUCAGUCAGACGGCCGGAUGCUGUGGCUGCAGACGGCAUCUAUUCCUGUGGAGUGCUCCCAGCGCUCCGGCCAGGAGCUUCCCCAGGUGGAGAGCUUCAGCCCGGCCAGCUGCUCCGUGGACGGAGGAGAGGAGCUGCUCAUCACCGGAUCCAACAUCUCCACACAGUCCAGGGUCGUUUUCAUGGAGAAAACAUCCGAUGGAAGAUCACUGUGGGAAAUGGAUGCCAGAGUUGUGCUGGAAAAAAGCAGCGGAUCCAGCAUCGUGGUGGAGGUUCCUCCGUACAGUAAGAAGACAGCAGGUCCGGUUCAGGUCCAGUUCUACGUCUCAAAUGGGAAGAGAAGAAGAAGUCUGACGCAGAGCUUCACCUUCCUGCCUGCAGUCAGACAUCACCUCCCUCCUGCUCCUCCUCCUCCUCCUGCUGCUGCAGCUCAGCUGGUCAAACAGGAGCACUGGGAGCUGGACCACAUCUCCCACAAUCCACCUGGAUUCAGCCCCGAUGUGGGUUAUUACGAUUCCUGUGACCUCACAGUGCAUUGUGGUCCUCCCUCCCAGAAUGCACCUCAUCUCCAUCAUCCUCCUCCUCCCUCCUCCCUCCCCCUUCAAGCUUCCUUAAUGUAUCCUCACCCCCCCUCCUCCUCCUCCCCCUCCAUGCCGUCUCAGACCUCCCAUCACUCCCUGAUUCCUCUUCAGACCUCCAUCAUGCCUCCACAGACCUUCACCAUCCCGCCUCAGAUCUCCACGUUGGCGCCCCAGGCCUCCUCCAUCCCCCUUCAGACCUUCACCAUCCCCCCACAGACCUCCUCUUCCUCCUCCUCCUCGCUGCCUCCCAGGACCUCCCCUGUUGCCCCUCAGAGGGAGCAGCCUCCUUCCUUGAGCUCCAGCAGACCCUUCGCCGACCCCCAGAAGGACUCUCUCCUCUCCAGCCCUGAGGAGGUGCUGAAUAUCAAGCAGGAGCCGGAGGACCAGCCGAAUCUGGCGUCUCUGGGCCUUCGGGAGAUCACACUGGAUGAUGUGAACGAGAUCAUCGACAGAGACAUCGGCAGUCUGAGCGGCGGCGCCCAGCCCGACCAGUUUGACCAGUUUCACCAGUAUGACUGGGAGCACAAGUCCGACACUGCCGCCACCACCGCCGCCGGUGCCGCCUUACCGUUCCCCGGAGGUGGCCCUCAGUAGCUACGCUGCUUCUUCUACUGUUUUUUUUUUUUUUGCUUUUGGGGACGAAAAUAAUGGGGGCGUUUUUUGCACAAAGUGCAACAAACUGAUCCUCAAAGUGCCUGAAAACCAAAUCAGCAGCUUUGACGAGUCCUCGGGCUCGAGUGUUAUCAGGGUAUCACGUCACGUCGCUGUUUCCUCGUCUGUCUCAGGAAUUUUUAGCGCAGAGCCGACUCGUACCUCACUCACAAACCAAAGAGUUUUUGUUUUUUUUUAGCUUUUCGUAACAUAAUCUGAAGAAUUUUAGAUUAAAACUAAAGGGCUGUAAAUCAGAGUGACUCAAUCAUGACAAUCAAUAAUGAAUACAGAGGCUUCAGCCGCACAGGGAUAAGAAAAUCCUGUCGUUAUUUAUUGGCCAGUUAAUUAUGAAAUCUAUUUUUGAUACUCUGGAUCAGGUCCAGUAAAAACUAAAGUCCUUCAGCUGAUCAUUUACAUUUUUAUAGCUUGGUUUGACUCUGCACGGUUUACAUUUCCUUCGCUGAGUUAACUGCAGUUAACUGCUGUUCAACCUGAACUGUUCUGGUGUGACACUGAAUCAUAGACAUGUAUCGAGAGGUUGAAGUAAAACGAGAAGAAAAGUC